AUGGCCCAGUUUGCCAAAGCCUCGUUCGACGCCGCGGGGUAUCUCGCUUCCAGACCGACCUAUCCAGCGCGCGUGUACGACAUCAUCUGUUCUUUCCAUCGAGCGGGUGGUGGGAGAUUUGAGCAUGCGCUCGACCUUGGAUGCGGACCUGGCUUCAUGGCCCUCGCGCUCGCCCCGCGUUUCAACCGUGUCACGGCUCUAGACCCCAGUGCCAAGAUGGUUGAUGUCGGAAUGCAACCAAACGACGCCAAAGUGCCGCGCAUCCACUACGCUGUCGGCAACGCAGAGGACCUCACUUCGCAACUGGGCGAGAGCUCGGUAGACCUCGUGGUCGCGGGCCAGGCGGCGCACUGGUUCGACCAUGGCAGAGUGUGGCCCGAGCUGGGGAGGAUUCUGAGACCGGGCGCGACGGUCGCAUAUGUGGGCUAUGGCGAGAUGGUCAUACCCAAGUACCCAAAGCUCAACUCCCUCAUCUCCGCUUAUCAGGCGGGCGACGACGCCCUCGGCCCCCACUGGUCACAGCCUGGCCGGUCCAUCGUCGAAGGUCUCCUCGAUGCAGUGCCCUACCCCAUCGCCCCAGAGCGCACCGCCAUCACGGAAGCUCUCCUCGCGCAACUCCCGGACCUCGAGUCUCUCUCUCCGACCCCACCACCACACCCCAUCGCCGACGCGAUUGCCGAGCCUGCUCCAACCUCAGGUAGCUCGGGGUGGGACCCGACGACAGCCAUCAGGCUCAAGAGCGGAAGUACCGGGGACAAGUGGUUCCUCCGUCGUAGAUGGACCAGCGGACCGCUCGAGGGAUAUAUGCGGAGCGCAAGCGCUCUACAUGCGUACCACGAAAAGCAUCCCGAGGACCUGGCCAAGAAGGGCGGCAAGGACGGAGGCGAUAUUGUCGAUCGCCUCGUAAACCAGAUUCGCGAAGGCCUCAAGAAGGAAGGCAUUGACAUCGACAAGGAAGAAGUCGAGUUUGCUUGGCCCUUGGUAAUGAUGAUGAUCAAGCGUGAGGCAUAG